AUGGAAAACAGACCUGCCCCUCACAAUGUCUCAGAAGAGGAAUGCCUUGCCUCCUUCCACAACUAUGCCAGCCUUACAGACGAGCUCAUUGACAAAGAGACCGAGCUAGGAGAUGACAAUACCCUCGAUGUCACCGUUGAGUCGCACAUCUCCGCUCUUACAAUUCGCUACAUUGCUACCGACGAACCGUUGAGCGUUGUCGAAGCUGAAUUGCACCACUUUUGGCGCACCGCCAUCCAGGGCGCCAGGCAUUGGAUGCCGGAGAAUCGCAAGCAUGAUACGCUUAUCCGGCUGAUUCUGCAGGCCAGGGCCAGAGAAACGUUGACUCGGCCAUUGUCGUCUGUUUCGGGUGGUCAAGAGGCUCUUUCCAGCAACAAUCGUCGGAAUGUUGUUUUCUCAGACGGCAGCAGGCUCUGGUCUGAUCUGCCCUUUCUAGGCACGGACUUAGUCCAAGAGUGGCUAGAUCGCUUCUAUCAACUCGACUACGCAAACCACAAUAAUCAGCGUGUCAAUUUGUCUUCCUUUGUUGGACGCCUUCUCUCCGUGGGAAUAUAUAAUGGUCCAGCAACAUGUCUCCUAUCCCUCUUCCGCGAGACACUAGAAACCGACAGACCUUUGAAAUCAGAUAAGAAAGUCUCCGUGAACCACCUUAUCCACGCACUGGCAGCUUUCCUACGGUACGCGGAUAAUAGCGCCAUCAGCCUCAGCAACGGCUCCGAGGCCCCAAACGUAGGUACACUUCCACAGAGCGCGGCUAGUUUGGGCGAGCUCGCUCGUCAGUCAGGCACCAUCAAUGUUCCGGGAUUCAGCGUCGAGCGGUGGAAGUUUUGGAUGUCGAGGCUGGAGGAGCUUGCUAAUUGUGGAGAGGAAAGCGUGGCUACGGCUGGUGCGGACUGUCUCGACUAUGUCGAGGCAUCUUCGUCCUCCAUAUACGGGCCGUUGGGAGACCACAUACUUGAUGCUCUGUAG